CCUGGCUAAGACCAAUCAGCGUGUGACUGGACUCCGGCUCUGGCUAUAUAAGCAGGGCGUGUGCCGCGCACCACUAAGUCUUCAGUAAGGAGAGGAGAGACCAGCGUCUACUAUGGCCAGAACAAAGCAGACCGCCCGGAAGUCCACCGGCGGCAAAGCCCCCAGGAAGCAGCUCGCUACCAAGGCGGCCCGGAAAAGCGCCCCGGCCACCGGCGGCGUGAAGAAGCCUCACCGCUACAGGCCCGGUACCGUGGCCCUCCGAGAGAUCCGUCGCUACCAGAAGUCCACCGAGCUGCUGAUACGCAAGCUGCCCUUCCAGCGGCUGGUGAGAGAAAUCGCCCAGGACUUCAAGACCGACCUGCGCUUCCAGAGCUCCGCUGUCAUGGCUCUUCAGGAGGCCAGCGAGGCUUACCUGGUCGGUCUGUUUGAGGACACCAACCUGUGCGCCAUCCAUGCCAAGAGGGUCACCAUCAUGCCCAAGGACAUCCAGUUGGCUCGCCGCAUCCGCGGAGAGCGCGCUUAGUUUAGACCCCGUCGCCUGGCAACCCACAACGGCUCUUUUAAGAGCCACGCACACGUCACUGAAGAGC